GUUGCAUUGCAUUUCGGUCGGUCCGCGUAUCGUUACUCGCACGUAAAACCGUUCUGUCCCCGUCGUACCGUCCGCUUCCGUCGCGUAUCCGCCGCAAACCGUCUGCUAGACCGCUAGCACUGCGCACCGAGUCCAAACGUUUCGUUUUUCGCGCCGACCGUCGCAUCCGUGUCCGGCGAUAAUGCCAUGUUAACGUCCGCUCGCUGGUCAGGUCCGAUGCACGUCGUGAUGUUAGUUAACCGGACAAAUGUGACGAGAAAUGAAACGGCAUUCGGAUGAACACAUGGCGUCCGCGGACACUGUCGGCGCAUACGCCACCGCCGCCGCCACCCGUUCACCGCCUAGGUCUAGGCCCAACCUGGUGACCAUUUCCAAUGUCGUCCAGUCGAACUUCGUUUCGCAGGCCAUAAACAACCCGAACAUACAGUUCAACACGGUGCAGCCGUUCAGCGCGCCCACAAUGCCGGUCCUGGCCAUCAACGACAAGGUUCCUGGUUCGUUACCCGGUGGCUCCGCCAUGCCGGCCCUCCACACGAUCCAGACGCAACACAAUAUUCAACAGAUAAGGCAAAAAGUCGUGCCGCCCGCGACCAUAAUCCAACAGCAACAGCAGCAGCAGCAACAACAACAACAGCAACAGCAGCAGCAGCAGCAGCAGCAGACUCAGUUUCAGAGGCUCAAGGUCGAAGAUGCCCUGUCCUAUUUGGAUCAGGUGAAAUAUAAAUUUAGUAAUCAGCCUCAAGUGUACAACGAUUUCUUGGACAUAAUGAAAGAGUUCAAAUCGCAGAGCAUAGACACCCCCGGAGUGAUAACACGGGUCUCAAACCUAUUCAAAGGUCAUCCUGAGCUCAUAGUGGGUUUUAAUACGUUCCUACCUCCAGGUUAUAAAAUAGAAAUAAAAAAUAACGAACUUGGCUUUCAUGUUUCUGUGUCGAUACCUCAAAGUCCGGCGAUCACAUCAUCCCAGACAAUUAUACAUUCGACAACUCAACAUAUUAUGUCAAGCACUCCAAUAGUUACUACUCCACCAGUCACUUUGACUUCAACACCGCCUGUAGUAAUUAAACCAGCCGGACAUACACCUACCAUAAACCAGGUCAAUACUACUUCGGUUGUAAUAAAUCACCAUACGACGCACAAUAGUGUGACACCAACUGCGCCUACUAGCAGUGUUCAUCCAACCCAAAUACCUUUGUCUGUAGCUAGUUUAAGCCAAGUGGCAUCUAAUAUACCUCAAGUGUCGAUACCUACAACUCAGGAAUCAACCAACUCACAAAAUCAACCAGUUGAGUUUAAUCACGCCAUAAAUUAUGUGAAUAAAAUUAAAAAUCGUUUUCAAGGGCAACCAGAAAAAUAUAAAAGAUUUCUGGAAAUAUUACAUACUUAUCAAAAAGAGCAAAAAACACAUAAAGAUAACGUGCCAGUUGCUGAAAAAACAUUAACUGAAGCUGAAGUAUAUCAGCAAGUUGCUAAAUUAUUCGAAAACCAAGAUGAUUUACUAUUGGAAUUUGGACAAUUUCUACCUGAUGCUAAAUCACCUGAUGCCAAACAGGCGGCAGAAGCAAUCAUUGUCCCUCCUAAGAAGGCGGCUACCGUUGUUACUAGUGCACCUCCUGUAAUUCCUUUGCCCCCACCACCUCCCAUCAAAAAAGAACAUCCGGCAGCUAUUCCAAUUACCAAGGAAAUUAUUAAAGAGUCAAGUGUUCCAAACGUAGCUUUGAAAAGAACUUCAUCGUUUUCUUCCAGUCAGAAUUUACCACCGCCCAAAAAACCAAAAUCUCCUUUUCCUAGUUUGGGAGACGUAUCAUAUCAAGAAGCAUAUAAAUAUGGUACAUUAACAGAUUUUGCAUUUUUUGAUCUCGUUAGAAAGUCGAUUCAUAAUGCUGCUGCCUAUGAUGAUUUCUUGAGAUGUUUAGUUUUAUAUUACACUGAAAUUAUAUCUAAAUCAGAACUGCUAAAUUUAGUGCAACCUUUCCUUGGAAAAUACUCAGAAUUAUUUAGAAGAUUCAAAGAUUUUAUUGGGACCAGUGAAAAAAGUAAUAAUGCUGCUGCAGUUCCAACGGAAAACAAACUUUGUGGCUUACCACAUUUUUCGUUACUCGACCCUGGAUCUAAUCGUCAAGAUAGAUCUGCUGGUGAUCUACCCACUGAUAUAGAUUAUAGUAUCUGUAAAAGGUUAGGUGCAAGUUAUUGUGCUGUACCCUCAGAUUAUCUAACUCCUAAAUGUAGUGGUAGGACGAAAAUGUGUUAUGAAGUACUGAAUGACACGUGGGUUUCUUUCCCUACGUGGUCUGAAGAAUCAUCAUUUGCCACUAGUCGAAAAACACAAUACGAAGAAUAUAUGCAUAGGUGCGAAGAUGAAAGAUUUGAACUCGAUCUCGUAAUGGAAGUUAAUUUGGCAGCAAUAUAUUGUUUAGAAGAACUAACAAGAAGAUUUAAUAGAAUGACACCUGAAGAACUAUCGAAAUUUAAAAUGGAAGACUGUAGUUUUGGUAGUGAUACAACUUCAAUGACAACCAAUAGGCGUGCUAUUAAAAGAUUAUAUGGUGAUAAGACAACUGAUAUACUUGAAGGACUUCAAAAAAAUCCAUUAACUGCUGUUCCGAUAGUUUUAAAAAGGCUAAAAUCCAAAAAUGAAGAAUGGAAGGUAGCAAGAAAUACUUUUAAUGAAAUAUGGAAAAGUCAAAAUGAAAAAUACUAUCUUAAAUCAUUAGACCAUCAAGGUGUUAAUUUUAAACAAAGUGACAUGAAAUUUCUUAGGUCAAAAUCAUUAUUAAAUGAAAUUGAAACUUUAUACGAUGAGCGGAAUGAACAGAGUGAUACUAUCACUGGACCUCAUAUGGUGUUUUCAUAUGUUGAUAAAUCAAUUAUAGAUGAUGCUGCUAAUUUGUUGAUACAUCAUGUCAAGAGACAAGCAAGCAUUAAUAAAGAAGACAAACAAAAAAUAAAAUCACUUAUUAGAAGGUUCAUCCCUGAUAUGUUUCAUCAUCCAAGGCAAGAGUUAAGUGACGAUGAACGUGAUGGUCAAAAUGAUUGUUCUAAUAAUAAUUCACCUGAAACAACUAAAGCAUCUUUGCGAAUCUCCGAAGAAAAAGAUGUACCCGAGCUUAAAAUAACAGAUAACGAUAAAUUAAAAGCGCCUGAACAUUCUAGUACAGAAGAAUGUUACACUUUAUUUUAUGGUAAUAAUAACUGGUAUUUGUUCCUCAGACUACAUCAUAUACUAUGUGAUCGGCUUACUCAAAUAUAUAAAAAAGCCUCACAGUUGCUUCAUGAAGAAUGUAUUUACCAAGUGACUAGGUCAGAGACUGCAGCUUCAAAACUUCAUCUCAAUCCCAAUUCAUCAAUUCUGUUAGAAGACUAUUAUCCUGCUCUACUUGAUAUGAUUAAAAAUGUGCUGGAUGGCAACAUGGAUUCAAAUACCUAUGAAGACACGUUAAGGGAAAUGUAUGGUAUCCACGCAUAUGUAGGAUUUACACUCGAUAAGGUUGUUGUUUAUGCUGUUCGUCAAUUGCAGCAUUUAGUAUCUGAUGAAUACUGUCAAGAGUGUUAUAAUAUAUUUAUGAAAGAAAGUAAAAAAAACGGAACAGGUGGUCUUUGCAGUACAGCAUGUCAAAGAAUUGCACAAGAAGCAGCAUAUCAACGCAGGGCUGAAGCUGCUUUGAGUAACGAUAACAAUUGCUAUAAAAUACUUAUAUACAAAUCUAAUUGUAAACUAACGUUUGAGUUGCUGGAUACCGACACAGAGGAUAAUCAGGACAGUGGUAAAUGGACAAGUUUUGAUAAUGAACCUUUAUCUGAAACUAAUGAUGAUAAACAAGAUGAAAACCAAAGUCCUAAAGAUUAAAUAUUCAGUUUACUAAAAUGAUCUAACCUUAAAUAACCAAGUAUUCUAUACCUUAAUUAUUAUUUAUUAUUAAUUUUUUACAUAAAUUGUUUCUACUACAAUAUGUAGCCUAAUUUUUUCUUGCUCUGUAUUGAUUCCAAAGUCUCAUCUGAACUAUUACUUUAAAAGUUUUGCUUUAUGUUUGUACAUAACUAUUCAUUGACAUUUGAUGAGAAUCAAAUAAGCCAGUUGCCACAUAUUUUUUUUUCAUAAAA